AUGGCCUCCUACGUCCUCCAGUCUCCAUACCACCCUCAGUACUCCUACCCGGCCGUAGCCACCCCCGUCAUCCACCAAUCGCCCAUCCCGCACACCUUCUCCGCGCCCUCAGUCGCCAUGCCGUCCUACUACGUCUCCCCGCCCUCCUCCUCGGGCCACCGCCGCACCCGCUCCUACUCCCACUCGUACGCCCAGCCCCAGCCCCAGCUCCAACCCCAAGUCUACCAGUAUGGCCACGCCCAGUACGCGGCAGCGCCGCAGUACCAGGCCAGCCCCGGCUACGCCUACCCCACCCAGCAGCUCUACUCCUCCGGCGGCGCGUACUACGACGCGGGCGGACACGGCCGCAGCCGCCACCACAGCUCCGGGCACGGGCACCACGCGUCCUCCAGCCCGCACGGCCACCGUACCCACCACUCGACCUCGGCCCAGGGCCACGGCCACCGCCGCUCGCACUCCGCGACGCGCACCCACACGCGCCACCAGAGCGUCCCGCGCCACCAGCCUGCGCACGUUCACUCCUCGAGCAGCCACAGACGCGCGCACUCCUCGCACCGCCGCGCCUCCUCCUCGGAGCCCAGCAUGGCCGACCGCCUCCGCAACCUCUUCGGCAUGCAGCCCGCGAACACGCGUCACUACGUCGACUCGCACGGCCGCACCGUCGACUGGCGCGGUCGGCCGGUAUACCGCGUCUGAGCGUGUCCUGUGACGCGUGCCCCGACUCCGCGGUGCUGGCCACCUCGAGUCGCGACGGUUUACCCGCGAGAUGACGUCGUCCUCGUCGUUUUGGUUCCCCGCUUUCUCUUCACACCGUGCGUUCUUCUCCAUAACGGCCCGGAAGCUUCCGCCUGCUUCUUUGUCUCUCCAUCAUGCUAUCAUCACGCCACAGACCUAUCUAUGGACUUGCAUUGCCUCCUUUCACGAUUAUCAGCAUACCUCUUAUUUCCUGUACGAUACACCCCCAUUAUUGUCCUGCCAAUCUCGCUCCGGUGUCGGUGAUUCACCUAUGCUCAUUUACUUGCUUCCAGUUUGGGUCCUGGUCCUAGUGUACGCGUUGCGAGUUAGUCACGGUCCUCGAUGUAAUUGUACCCACACGUUCGCCCUAACAGAAAUGUUGUAACAAA